CUCUCUCUCUCUCUCUCUCUCUCUCUCUCUCUCUCUCUCAUGAAUCCUGCCUGAAAGAAAAAGAGAAAAAGAAAUUGAUCACCUUGUCGCUACAUCUUUCCUUGACAAUUCAAACAAGCACUUUAGUACCAUCUACAAGGAAUUUCAGAUGAACACCCUCCUCUUCUCCAACUCUUUCAUAUCUUGCUUGUGUUAAUGCAAGAUCCAAAGAAUUCACAAACAAGGAAGCCCUGGUAUCAGAGAGCAAUGGAGGCAGCAAAUUUAUGGAGACCACCCAUAUCAUCAAAACCCCCCACGAAGAUGGAGAUGGAGAUCUCCGCAACAAAUUCAACUAGUACUAAUAGUUCAAAGUUAAAGAAGUGCACCUCUCUCAAGGUUGCAACUUCAUUCACAAGAGUUUGUCUAUGUGCACCAAUCUCUUCCUAUACUGAGAUAUUUCAAGCUGAUCUUCCACCAAGAAGAAGCAACAGCUAUCCAAGACCAAAGCCAUUGGCGAUGCCACCACCACCUCAAGAAAAAUUUCCUAACACUGCUAGAAUUAGUGGAGGUGGAGGUGGAGGAGGAGGAGAGGGCAGCAGGAGAAUUUUCCGAGGAAAAUCUUUAACUGACGAUGUCGUAAUGAGAAGAUUUGUGGUGGAAGAGAAAGCAACGAUGAAAGUUCGGAGGAGGACGAAUGAGAUGGAAGUCAUAAGGAGGAGGAGUUCCAUAACGAGAAGGAAACUUGGGCCUAGUCCUCUUAGUAGAAUGGUAAUGGCUGCUGGGGAUGGGAUGAUUGGUUAAAUUGGAGGAGGGAUUGAAAUUUUGUUUCAAGUUUUUCCAUAGAUGACAAGAAUAUUAGACGACUUAAGUUCUGAUGAUGAUGUUUCUCCUUCCGGAUUUCUUUCAUUUUCGAUAUGUCAUGAAGUUGCAGAAUGGUUGCGGCUUGUUUGUGUUUCUUUUCUUUUGGAAAGCAGAUUCUUUUUCUUUU